ACACACACACACACACACACACACACACACACACACACACUAACAUGGAUUUGGGAACUGUGCUCUUCUGAUUUCCUGUACCAAACCUUAUAGACUUUACAAACGUAAGAUCGGUGAUCAUUUCUAUCAUCAUCAUCAUCAUCAUCAUCAUCACCACCACUGCAGAUGAGAACAUGGAGCCUGGUGAUCACUGGAUCCCUGAUGAUGUCGCUCAAUGGCUUAAUCACAUUGGAAUCCACCAGCACCAGCCGUCUCUCAACAUGCUGUAUGGUGAGGUUGCUCAGGUGUUCUCAGGCUCCAUCAUGCACAGCAGCUCCGAUGAUGCGGUCGUGGUUUCCGGGCCCGUUCUGCAACGCCUGAUGCAGGAAAACCUGCGCUACGGAAAUGGAGUCGGUCCAGAGAACCAGGCCAUGGCGUCACCUAGCAACCCUGUCUCCGCGGAGACGCUGCUCCCAGAGACGCAGCCCCGACAGGAGCCUCAGGGUCAGGAGCACCAGGUGGACAGCAGCUCCAUGGAAAAGAGCGCUAAAGGAGCGAAAAACACAGCAGCGAGCGUCCAGGUGACUCUCGCCAUCCCCGGGCUCGGAGCGUUAGAGCUCCCCUCGUAUGAGGAGGCUAAAUCCCAGUCUCAGCUUUACAGAGGUCAGCAGGGGCAGAACGAAGAGCAGAACGUGGCCCGAACGCACACGCACGUUCAUUACACGCUUACAAAUCCCGUUCAGGCGUAUACAAGUGUACAGAACACUAACCAGGCUAUCGGCUAUCCCAAUCCGGGCCAGAACCAACAAACCCAGAUCGGUUUACAGCCAAACCAACACAUCCCCACCAGCACCAGCUCAUGUCCUCCAUCUCUCUCCUCCGCUCCCUCGCUUUCCUCCUUCGCUCGCGCCGAAGGUCGUCCGUGGGUCCAGCGAGGGUUCACGGGAGUGGACGAAGGCUUAGCCGGGCUCGAACAGGGCCACGUCCGCUCCCUCAGCGAGCGCAUCAUGCAGCUCAGUUUGGAGCGAAACGGAGCCAAGCAGCCCAGAGAGACGUCUCCUAACGGCGAGGAACAAACGUCUAGCGCAACCGCCGCCCCUCCACCAGCUAAAGGUUCCAUAGAGCCUCGAGGGCCUCCUCCCGAAUAUCCGUACAAAGCCAAAGCUCAGCCAGCGUACCCGUCCAGUACGAGCCCCGGUCCACUAUCACUAGAACAAACCCCGCUCUCCAUCGAAGCUCCUCUGGGACAGAUCUCCAGUGUAAUGCCACCUGUCGUACCACAGACCGGGUCGGGCACACGUUUGCCCCCGCAGGGACAGAUCGUACCCGCUGAGGCGUUUUCCAUGAUGAGCCACGCCCAGCACAUGAUGACUUUCCUCAGCGAUGAAAACCAGAGACUGAGACUGGAGCUGCUGAUCCAGACCGAGAAAACCGGCAAACUGCAGCGGUUGGAGGCCGAAGUCCAACGUCUCUCAGACACAUAUGAGAAUCUGGUAAGAACCUCAUCCAAGCGCGAGACUCUGGACAAAACCAUGAGGAUGAAGCUGGAGGGUGAAAUCAGACGCCUGCACGACUUCAAUCGAGAUCUGAGAGAUCGUUUGGAAACAGCCAAUCGCAAGCUGGCAAACCAGGACGCAGAAGGGCAGGAGGACGGCCAUGUUUACCUCUCAGAGAGAAGACAGAGUCUAAAGGAGAUGGAGAGGCUGGAGACGGAGGCGGAGUCUCUUCGUUCAGCCAAUGAGGAUCAGCGACGUCACAUCGAGAUUUUAGAACAGGCUCUGAACAACGCUCAGGGAAAAGUGGUCAGGAUGGAGGAGGAGCUGGGGAGGAAGUGUGUGUAUGUGGAGCGUGUGGAGCGUCUGCAGCAGGCUCUGGCUCAGCUUCAGGCUGCGUGUGAGAAACGAGAGCAGCUGGAGAAACGCCUGAGGACACGACUAGAGAGAGAGCUGGAGACACUGAGAUCGCAACAGCGUGCUGGUGUAGGUGUGUGUGAGUCCAGCGCCCCGGCUCUGCUGGACCUGCUGAGAGAGCGAGAGGAGAGGAUUCUGGGAUUGGAGGCAGACAGGAUGCGCUGGGAACAGAAAUAUUUAGAGGAGAGCGCAAUGAGGCAGUUCGCCAUGGAGGCAGCGGCUACGGCAGCCGCACAGAGGGACACGACCAUUAUGCAGCAUUCUCGCAGUGGCAGCUACAGUGACAGUUGUCUGUGGCCUCAUGAUGGAGACGAUAAAACAUACAACCGUCGCUGUCAGGACAUAGAGACCAGGAUGAAGGAUCUCCACGCUCAGCUGUUGGAGAAAAUCGCAAUGAUUAAAGUGUUGCAGCACCGUUCCCGCCGAGACUCCGCCCCUCUGCGUCCCGCCCGUUCCGUCCCCUCCAUCGCCAUAGCGACGGGCGUGCACUCCCGCCAGGCCUCACAGGCUGAAAGUGCGCUGCUGGGAAAAGAGAACGCCGAACGCCUUCCUCAGUCACCGCCCUCCUUCUCGGCCUCACUAUCGUCCCUCGUUCCGUCUCUCUCCUCCUCCCUCCCUCCCUCCUUCACUCCUCUGUCCGUCUCCGCCCUCCCUCUCCCGUCCAUAAUGUCCUCCUCCUCCUCGUCUUCCUCGUUCCUCUUGUCCUCCUCAGCCACUCUUCCCCUCCCCUCCACACUCUCUCACUCCCUUCCUCCACUGCCCCCCACCGUCUCCUCCUCUCUUCCUUCCACUCCUCUUCUAUCACUCCAUUCUAAAUCAGCCAGCAGAGACAGCAGCACACAAACCAGGAGGAGUCCAGAGAGUGAGAGAGUCCAGAGAGCCACGCUCCCUACAGGCCGAGGGAGAACAGCCAGGAUGGACUACCCAAUCGCUCAGGUGAAGUGUCCCGAGAGCCGAGUCGUCCACACGACGGGGCAGAAGAUCAGACCUGCCGACUCGGACCUGGUGGAGAUUCUGAUCUAACACACAUCUACGGACAGAACGCAGUCUCACCACUGAAGGAGAGACAGACAGGCAGAGCGACUGACAGAAAGAGAGACAGACAGGCAGAGACAGGCGUCUCUCGGUUUAGCCCCGUGCACGCUGUGUGUAUAAAGCUCCUCGUUUAUCACUUUCGGUAAAAGUUGUGUGUAAAUAUUUGCACAAGAGACGGAACUGAAAAUUUCCCAUCAGGUUUAUAAACGUUUCAGAAACGCUGCUUUCCUCCGUAGUCGUGUGCGUAUGUCGAUCAUCGGUAAAGUGUCAAGCGCGUUCCGCACGCAGCUCAUUUGCAUAUAGUGACGCCCACAAAACUCCAUAAAAGGUAAAGUGCACAGAGAGCUGGGAGCAGGAAGUGAGCGAUCAGGGUAAAGACUGAAGAACAGAAGUAAGAGGUUACUUUGACUCACUAUUACAGCUAAAUCUCCAUAAUCUCUCGUCACACACACUCAGGAGCUCCAUUAGGAUGCGAAGGUUUUUUCAGAAUAAUAAUAGUAUAACAUCCAGCCCAGUGAGUGGAUUCAGCACUGAGUUUCUGGACCGAAGGGUCUUUGGGUAAGGGUCUGCGAGCGUGUGGCGCGGCCGUGUCUGGGUCACGCUGACAGACUGAACGGAAGGGUUGCUAAUGACAGGGAAGAGAAGGGAAGUUGAGACGGAGAACAGGUUGAAGAGGUGAGCGAGUUUAACGCAGGAUAUGAAAGCGUGUGAACCUGAAGAGGGUAAAAGUUCAAGUGUGUGAGUCGCGGAGCUUCUCUCUGGUUCAUGAUGCGUCUGUUUCACACACUCCAGCUGUUCUGGAGCUCUUCUACACGUUUACCUGAAAAAGACUGUUGUGUUAUUUUAUUGAGAUGAAGUUCUGGUCCUGUUCUGUAAGACAUGAUGAAAGGUUUGAGGUGAUUAUCAUGAUAUGGAAAUGUAAUGUCUCAUGCUGAAGCUCUGAGAUGGUUCUGUGGUUCCUCCUCUGUUCUCCGGCUAACAAUAAAACAGUGCCUUAAUGCAA